AUGGCCGAGACUCUUGGGGCUGCAGCGUCGAUUGUAGGGAUCGCAUCGCUUGCGGGGCAAAUCUGCAGCGGGGUCCAACAACUCUACACCUUUGUAGACUCUGUCAAACAAGCUCCAUCUGAUCUUCAGAACAUCAAAAAUGACAUCCUCCUCAUUGAGAGGGUCGUACGCCGCAUGGCCGAAGACUGUACCGACUUUCCUGAGCAUCGUGACAUUGAUCUUCUCAAAUCCUCCAUUGAGCUGUGCCUAUCUCGCGUUAACCGGCUUUUGACAAUCAUCCAAUCAUUUAAUACUUCGAGUCAGAAGAAUCGAACCAUUAAAUUGAUUAAGGCAACAGUGAAGAAGACAAGAGUAGCCGAGUUUGCGAAGGAGUUGGACAGUGCGAAAAUGACUUUGAUGCUAGUGUAUCAACAUCAUAUCCAGAAAUUAGGCCCUCCAGGCAUUAGCCAAUUGGCCUUCCGUUCUACUGGCAAUGCGGAACGGAUGGACCAAGAAAAGUUCAGCACACGGAUGGUAAAGUUCAGUCAAUCGUACAGCAACACGUCUGAAGUGAUAUACACACUUUGGCUUGGCAGCCUGUCCGUCAAAUCUCAAACCGUCACAUUAAGACCGGGAAAUCGAAAAUCAGAUACAGCGCAAACCGAGUAUCGAUCAGAGAAAAAGACAUUUACUCUAAGAUCAACAGGAUGGUGGUCUUCUCGCAUCAUCGAGCUGCAAGCUAUCCGACAAGCAAGCCAGUGGACUUUCUACCUACGACCAUGGCAAGUAGUCAGUCCUGAUUCUAUGCUGUUUGAUUUUUGUCGGGAGGGCGAUUUGCGCAACGUCCAACGACUCUUUAGUAAAGGCCUGGCAUCACCUUUUGAUGUGACCCCUGAGGGUGACACGGCAUUGCAUUUUGCAGCCUCGUCAGGAAACCCAGACUUGGUUGCAUUUCUUCUGUACAAUGGAGCAGAUGCGAAUGUGGAAAAUACAUCAGGACGGAACUCUCUUCAUCUCGCAAUGGUUAGUCCGCGAGAAGAAGAACAUCUGGAACUGGCCCGAUUGUUAGUGGAAAAAGGCCAAGUCGAUCCAAUGGGGUCAGCCCGCGAAUCUGGCGUCAUACAUUCAUAUGCUGGUCCGGUGGAGGCCUUCAAGUACCUCAUCCACCAAGAUGAGUUUUUCGUCGAUCUGGAAGAGCGAAACCGUGGUGGAAGGACGAUUCUGCAGCAUCAGAUCUUUCAUCGGCUUUUUUAUGGAGACUCGUUCGAGCGGAUCCAGGUCCUCUUCGCUGCUGGUCACCACCUUCCUGGCGGUCACAUUGAUGGAGACCCCACCUAUGACGGCUAUUCCGCACUCCACUGCGCCGCUCACGUCUGGGCUAAUGCGAAAUUGAGAGAAGAUGAGCACACGGCUCAGCAAAGCGAGUUGGUUCUCCGGAGUCUCUUGAGUAGAGGAGAGGAUAUACAUAGGAUAGGCGGCCGAGGUUACACCGCUUUAACGACUAUCGGCGAGAUGAUUCACUUUUGUAACAAGAGUCCGGAGCUCAAUCAGGGGGUUAUAGCUGCAUGGCUCAAUCUGCUUUCGGAGGCGGGACACGAUGUCAAGGCCUAUUGCUUGACGGAAGGUACACUCGAGAGGAAGAGACAGGAGUCUCCAAGAGCGGCUUUUCCUAAUUUUCUUGUCAUCUUCCAAGAGACGGACGGAGUGGAGGGACUUGAUGGCCUGCAGAUAUCUAUAUCCUCACUGGAACAAGUAAUCGAAGUGGAGGAAGACGAUGAAGAACCCCCGAAAAUCGAGAGCACACGAGCAUCGUCAUCCCAAGUGGCUCACGUUUUUUGGGAAAGGCGUACGGGCGUCAUGUAUCCAAACCUUUCAGUCUCGUUUGGUCUGACAAGGAACACAGCUGUGAUCGUGAUGUUCAUGUUAUUCGUCUACUCGUUCUUCACCUCAAAUAAGUUACAGCUUUGA